AUGCUUGCCCCCGGAAAGCACCACUGGUUAAGGCCAGGCUACUACAACACCCCUUCAUUCCGCCAAAUCUGCCGUGACAGCUGGCUAAAUAUAUUCACAGGGACCCUUUGUGUCAUCUUAGCAAUCCUUCUCUGGAGGCUUUGUCCGCCCAUAAUCCCUCACUACCUCCCUUACUUCGAGGGCGUAGAGACCCAUCCCAUUGGCCUAAAAUACUCACAGCCACUACGAGAAGAGUACAUCAAUACCAUCAUGAUGGCAGCAAUCUCAUUUUUGGUGCCUAGCAGCAUCAUGCUUGUCAUGAAUCUACGGGUACUCAGAGAUUACUACAAUUGGGACGCAUCCUUCACAGGCCUCAGCUAUGCCCUCUCAACCUCAACUCUAUUCUCCUGCAUCAUCAAAGUCCUAAUCGGCGGCCCCCGACCCAACUUCUACGAAAUAUGCAGACCAGCAGCCUACCUUCUUGAACCUACUGCUCCCCACAUGUGGUCUAUCGUACAAUACUACCCAGUCUCCCAACUCUGCACCAACACCGACAAAUUCUCCCUCAACGAAGCACAGAAAAGCUUCCCAGCCAGCCAUGCCUCCUCCGCGUUCGCCGGCUUCGUGUUUCUCGCGCUUUGGCUCAGUGCACAAUACAAGACGUUUGGGCGGUCGAGACUUGAUACCAAGCACCAUAACCCAGUUACGGAGACUGUUCUUCACGAUCCCAAAAGUGGGCUUAAGAUACUUUCAGGUCGAUACUUUGAUGCGGUUCCGCACUGGAAAAUCAUCAUUUUUUCGAUACCGCUGUGGGUUGCUGUUGCGCUUUCGUUGUCUAAACUAAGAGAUGGAUGGCAUCAUCCUGUUGAUGUGGUGUGCGGGGCGUGCAUUGGGACGUUUUUUGCGGUGGUGGCGUAUAAGAUGGUUUUUUGGAGUGUGUGGGAUGCAAGGGAUAAUCAUGUGCCGAGGAGGCAUGUGGAUGGUGCUGUAGAGAGUAGGGGGUGA